AUGUAUGGCCACACUCAAUCCGCCUGCUUCGGUAUACCCCUUGCAGCUGAAAACUCAGACAUCGCGAGGAUUGAUGGAGCAUUUAAGCUGUUAACGUCCAGAGACCCGCAUGUCCAAGAGCUUGCGUGGACUGAUCUUUCGCGCCUUGUGGAAGCCAGAAUCAAGCGCAAACCUACGCCAGCGACACUCGCUGCUUUCCUGUCUGGCUCGCAAGAGGAAAUUCCCCGCUCAACCACCAACCCUAUCUCUUCAAUUUGGUCUGCUGCUCGGAGUGCCUCAAGACGCAUGCAGGUCCAAUGGAGCUUCUCUGAGGACAACCAUGUUUCCAUUACGCACAACGGAGAUACCAUCUAUGCCGGAAAGAGGCACCUUAUCUUCCGCACCAUACGCAACAACUGUAAGCACGCCAGAUCUUCAAAGCUGAUUUCAUACCCCAGUCAGCGAAAAGCGAUAGAAUGUGCAGCCGCAGCCGAAGCGAGUUCUCAUUUCUUCCGUGAUGGGUCUUUUACUCGCUUCGCUGACUGGCGGUUCAUACACCGUGCGCGGCUAAACCUCCUCCCUCUGAAUGCCGUCAGCCGACGGAAUGCCGGGACGCGAGGAUGUCGUCGUUGCAGCUAUGAGAGUGAAACGCUUCCACACGUCAUAAACCACUGUAUGCGGUACAGUCGGCUUUUGCAGAAGAGACACAAUGCAAUCGUCGAACGUGUGAAGAAGGCGGCUACUGGUCGUUGGAGCAUCCUAACUGAAAACCAGGCCAUUACGGGACAGAACCUACGACCUGAUCUGGUACUAGUGCGUGAUGAUGCGUGCCUCAUACUAGACAUCACCACACCUUUCGACAAUAGGCGUGAUGCGUUUGAUCGUGCAAGAAGAGAAAAAGAGGACAAAUACCGCCCGCUGGUCGACAUGCUCAAGGCAAGGUACAGUGAUGUUCGAGUAGAAGCGAUCAUCGUUGGCUCCCUCGGGUCAUGGGACCCCAAGAAUGAUCGAAUAAUUAAUCGCCUGUGUUCCAAACGAUAUGCAGCAUUGAUGAGAAAAUUGAUUGUAAGUGACACAAUUAGAAUAUCGUGGGACAUUUACGUGGAACAUAUCACAGGCGUACAACAAGAUGUAUAA